AUGCGGCGCGUUAAAAUGAAUUUGGAUCCAGAUCUGGGCGAUUUGGAGGAGAUGCUCGCCCACGUGCAAACGCAGCUGGAGCACGAGAUUGAUCUCGAGAAGGAGUCCAAGAAGCCUUCAGUGAUCAACGUUCAGGAAUCGCCAAAGCCGAAGAGGACUCCAUCGUUUAGUAAGGCCGAUACGUACGAGUUACGUCGUCAAGCGCCGAGGCCACCAUUAAUGAGGGUGAACAGUGACAUAAAUUCUGGUAGCAAGUCCCUUAACGGUGAAUCCAAAAGUCAGUAUAACGUCGACCUCAACCAUAACGAAAAGCUACGAGGAUCUCAAACCAGUCUCAAAUCUGAUGACGCAGUGUCACAGAUCUCCUUCCAGUCUUUUCGGUCGGAGCCAGUUCAGAGGCUCUCCAUGCUCAGUCUGCCUGACAAGCGAGGUUCGUCUGCCUCUCUCAACGGGAAGGGACGAACGGCGACCUUGCCAAGAGGCUACGGUUCAACCAAGGAUAAGAGUUGGGAGGACUAUUGGGCGCACGAGCAAUCCAUAAGCAGUGCCCGCGCGUCCGUGAUGGUGUACGACGACCACGCCAAGAGAUGGAUACCUUCUGGCUCCAGCUCUGGCCUGUCCAAGGUCCACAUCUACCAUCACACGCAGCACAACACGUUCCGCGUGGUCGGCAGGAAGCUCAAUGAUCAUGAGGUGGUGAUUAACUGCGGUAUCGUGCGCGGACUGAAGUACAACCAGGCGACGGCGACCUUCCACCAAUGGCGCGACGCGCGUCAGGUGUACGGCCUCAACUUUUCGUGCCGGGAGGACGCCGACAGCUUUGCGAGAGCAAUGAUGCACACGUUGGAGAUCCUGGCGAACAAGACGAAUACAAACAGCGUGCCACCGCCACCGCAGCCACCGAACCCGCCGGUGCCGUACAACGGGCACAACAACACUCACUACGACGAAGACAUGGGGUACAGGACGAUGACCCGAGAGGACGCGGCCAUGCUCCAACAGCCGCAGUACCACGCGCCGCACAACCAGCACAUACAGCCGCAUCCGCAGUACCACCAACAACCGAGCCAGUACCACGCCCCUCACCAGCACCAUCAGUCUGCGUCCCAGCUAUCCACCGUGUCGGCUGCUCCCCCCGCUCCCCCGCCGCACGCGCCUCACACGCUGCCGCACGCUCCGCACCCGCCGCCCGGACAUCACCGCACCAGCAGCGCUCCCAUGCCUCCUAACAUGUCACUAACGGCUGUGAACGCACCGCCACCUGUCCCGCCGCAUCAGAAUCUGCCAGCCGCAGCAAAUGGACCAAUCGCCCCGGCAACACCUCCAGCCGCGCCACAACCGCCACCAAUGAGCACGGGCGGCGCGCCGCCCCCGCCCCCGCCGCCGCCGCCCGGAGCCACCGCGUCCCCGCCCCCGCCGCCGCCGCCGCCCGCGCCCCCCGCGCCGCCCGCCGACCCCGGCGGCUUCGCGGCGCAGCUGCAGCAGGCCCGCCUCAAGAGGCAGGCUAAGCAAGCGAGCGCGAGUGCGAUUGCAAACUCCGAGGCGGCGUCGCCCCCCGGGGGUGCCGGGGGUGCAGGGGGUGCCGGUGGUGCCGGGGGUGCAGAGGGCGGCGCGCGGGCGGGCGGCACGCUGCACUGCAUGAUGCACGAGAUGGCGCGCACGCUGGCCCGCCGCCGCGCGCACCUCGACCGCGCCGAGGAGUCAUCCACCGACAAUUCCGCAAACUCCACACCGCUGAAGACGUGGGAGAGAUCCGCGACGUUACCACAUCGACUGCCCGCCGCAUGUAAUGGCACCACUCCCAAUUCGGAGUCAGUCCAACAACCUCCACAGUCGCCACGUUCAGUUCGGAAACGCUUCGGCUCCGCUAGCGAGGAAACUAUACUCAAGCAAGUAAACGGUAGCGGCGAGGGAGGCUGCGUCACGGCGGCGGAGUGGGACGCGUUUAAGCAGGAGAUGCUGCGGGAGAUGAGGCAGCAGCUGAAUCAGAUCAAGAAGGAGAUCUUAGAUGCAAUGAAGGCGGAGUUCGCGCGCAGGUAA